UCUGAGUCGUCUCUAUAUUUGAUUAGUUAGUCCCAAAUUUUGUGUUCAUCAAUAUUGUUAAUUUUUUCCUCAUUUUGUCCUGGUCAUAUGUUUUCAUUUAUCUGUCUAUUAUGUUCACUUGUGAACCUUGCUUUAUAGUCUAGUCAUUCCCUAUAGUCAUUGUGUCACCUGUGAAUGCAUUGUGAAAAGUUCUUUGUGAAAUUAAUGUAAUUUUAAUUUUCUUAAAAUUAAACUUUAUUACUUCAGUUUGAAAUUAAGUUUUGGUUCUCUGAUAUUGUAUUGAUAUUAUAUUAUUAUUAGAUGUUGUGAUCAAAUUAUGUUGUGCAUCAUUUUGGUUUCAUCUAAGGUUUGUAUUAUUAACAUCGUCCAUUAUCUUGUGUGUUAAUAUUUCACCCUACCAUUCCACAGUGUGCGUAGCGAACCUGUGAUGACACGCAGCAGGUCUAUCAGCUGCCUCAGCGAAGUCAAGGAACACAUCCCCUUGAGGGAUAGGGACACACUUUACAAACAGCCUGAAGCCUAUUUAGAGGUGGCUCGAUCAACUCCUGACUUUGUCAAGGAAGCCAGAGCAAAGUUUCCUAAACUUGGAGCGACAUCAUCUAAAGAUCUUGACUCAAUAUUAGCAUCACAAUCAAGUUUGAUGUCACAAUCAACUGUGAUGUCAUUAUCACCUCUGAUGUCACAAUCAUUAGAACAGCUCCCUCAGUCAACUCCGAAACCAAUAACACCAGUUAUGAAACAAUCGCCAUCUCGGCUACAAUUCAAGAGAAGUUUCUCAACUGGUGCUAAGCCUAGGGUCCAUUUUAAGAUAACCCCUGUCAUCAAAAAGAAAGAUGAUGAUGAUGAUGAUGAACCUGAUGCAGGUGUUGAUGAAGCUAGAGGCAAACCUAAAGACUUUGCUGACCUAGAAGAUAGUGCUUAUGCAACUGAUUCUCAGUAUGAGCUGAAUGGGUUUGACCAGAUCGGCUACUCUAGUGAUUCAGGAAUAUGUGGUAUAACCAAAGUGAUAAGAAGUCGUCCACGAUCAGCAAGGUGUGAUAUGUAUUGUAGUUUUAAGCUCCAUGGGAAUGAUAUAGGCUGAACUAUCCAUGUUUAGUUUAGAUAGAAAUAGAUUUCCAGAUGCUAUCUAGAGACACAGAACCUCUAGAGAGAGAACCUACCUGAACUGUUACACAAAAAUAAAGCCGGAGAACAUGUUGCAAUUUACAGCCAAGCUUUUAGCUCAAUAUCCAAUCCCAUGUGUUACUUCCCCUAAAGGAACCUGUAUACAGUCAUAGAGCUGGAGAAAUAUGCAUCUGUGUUAGACAUAGAUCUGGAUGAAUAUUUGCAUCAAUGUUGCAAUUUACAGCCAAGCUUUUAGAGACUGUUAAAGCUCACUGUUAUACCCUCAAAUAUCAACUCUUAAUAUCUACCAUAAAAUAUUUACC